UGUUUUCGUUUUGUUAUGAUUUAUCGCAAAAAUAUAUGACAGUGAACUAUUUAAAUAUUGAUAAAACUGUGGAAAAGUGAUUACUCUUUAAUUAGCGUCAAACGAGAAGAACGAAAAUAUAAAAAAGGCCAAAAAUACAUUAAGAACAAGUAAUAAACAAAUUUAUUCCACAUACGCAAAAAAGACUAUUGGUAUCGUGGGUGUGCAGAUAGUUGGAUACUUUUUAGGAAGUUGAAGCUACGUCAGAAGUAUGGGCGAAUCGAAGUGUUAUACACUGCUAAGAGAUCCUAGUACAUAUACACCAGAUACAAUUGACUUGAACAAAGAUACAAAGGCGGCUGCAUAUUGGUUCCCUUGCUUUCGUGACUUGGUUGCAAAAUUUGCCACACAGGCAGCCGAAAGUCAAUGUCAAAUUGACGAUACAGCCACAGAACGAGCGGAUAAUUUCCGUAAAUCCUAUUUAGCAAAACUGGACGAAUACCAAAGAAAUACAGAAACAAAUGCGGCCAACAAUGUUGUGCUGGGUAUACGUGAAUUGCUAGAAUUGAAUGAGACGCAAUUGCGUUUAUUUGGUUUUGAUGAUCCAUGGAAACAACAAAAACUAUUAGAAAACACUGCUGCCGUUGCCAACUUAAAAAAGCGGCUGGAAGAAUUAGAUGCCAUCGAUGACAAUGCAGCACGUUGGACAGAGCUGGUACGCGGUGUGCUUGCUGGUAACAUGUUCGAUUGGGGUGCACAAGCUGUUGCGAGUAUAUUGAAUGAGGAUACAAAUUUCGGUUUGCAUGCAGCGCUCGAGCGUAUACAAAAGCGUCCUUGGCUUAUAGAUAACCUGGACGCUUGGUUGCAACGGUUGCGUGGCAAUGCGCAUAAAUGUGCGCUUAUUUUCGUUGACAAUAGUGGCGUAGAUGUUGUGCUAGGCAUGCUGCCAUUCGUGCGUGCACUGCUGCAACGUGGCACCAAAGUGCUAUUAUGUGCAAAUACCGAACCUUCAUUGAAUGAUGUGACAAGCGGGGAGCUGUCCGAACUCUUGGAUAAAUGUUGCAUACAUUGCAGCGUACUCGCAAAAGCAAAGCAAGAGCAAAACUUAUUAGUGUAUGCGAAUGGACAGAGCGGUCCCUGCUUGGAUAUGCGUACAUUACCGAUUGAGUUAUGCGAUGCUAUACAAAAACAUGAGACUGACUUGCUGGUAAUUGAAGGUAUGGGGCGUACGCUGCAUACAAAUCUCUAUGCGAAAUUCAAAUGUGAGACACUUAAACUGGCUGUCAUAAAGAAUAAGUGGCUGGCAGAGCACUUGGGCGGUGAUACCUUUGCAGUUAUAUGCAAAUACGAAGAUGCAAGCUAGUUAAUACCACCUAUGUUAUACUACCGUUUUAUUUGAGAUUAGAUUAUCUAUUUUGGACUACUUGUAUUAAAGAGAUGGCGACGCGUUAUAAUCUUGAAAUGUGCGUGUGUGUUAAACAAAGCCGAAUUAAUCGUUUAUUAUCGUCACGUAUGUAUGUAGUAGAUAUGCCAGAUAAUACGCACUAAUAAACUAAAAUAUGCAUGCAAACAUCAAAACAAGAAAAUGAAAAUUUUCGAUAUGAGAAGAUAUGAUAAUAUUUGUGUCAAUGACCAACUGCUGAAUGAUCUACUAUAAAA